AUGAGGGUCGCGAUCCGAGAGCAGCUGGCUGCCCUCGUCAUCUUCGCCGUCCUUACAUGUCUGGUUGUCGUCUCUGUUCCCACCUGGAACUUUGUAUACAACUUCGUCGUCGGCGUUGAGACGUCGAGCCUCGCCCUCACGGCCUCGCUCAAGGCCACCCGCAUCAGCUCCGAGAUCAACCUUCUCCUCAUCAUCUGCCAGUCCGUCGCCAGCCGCAUCCUCCUCCAAGACGCCUUUGGCGACUUUUACAAUGGCAACGCCACCUCCAACCCCUUUGACUCGGCCCGCAGAGACAUUACCAGUGCCAUGACUAAUAGCCAAGUCUCUGGUCUGCUCCAAGCUCGCCUCUACUCUCGAAAUAUUACCGGCGCCGCCGAUAAAGGCCUCCUCAACGUCACUGCCGCAGGCAUAGGCAAUCAACGGAACAACAUUGCGCUGCCCUACCUCACGCCUGACGGCCGCCGCGCAAACCUCAGCGACACCCAGUGGGGGUAUCCCCCUUCCUUAUACCCCAACAUCACCUACCAAGCCACUGGCAGCCCCGUUCCCGGCCUCCCAGACACCCAGGCUUGGGCAGCAGAUGCUUUCCCCAACGUGAGAAUCAGCGACAAGGGCGGAUUGGUUCUCGGCCCCCUCAUCGUCAACGAGACGUAUGCCCUCAUAUCUCUGACAAUUCCUGUUCGAGCCAACUACAAUUCCAGAUACUUCCUUGGCUAUAUGACACUGGUUGUCUCGGCAACAUCUCUCCUCGAGGUCCAGACUUCUCGAGAGGGGUUAGAUAAGUCGGGUAUGGUUUUGAUAGUUGGUCCUGCCCAUCCAUCCAACAAAUUUGCCGGUAGCACGACGCCUAACAACGGCACCCGCGCUCCUGAAAGAAAUGCACUUGGCAACGUCAACGCCCACUUUGUGCUUCCACCCAUCACACCGCGGGGACAAGCUGACAGACAUGGCAAUCGAGACUACCACAGUGGCAACUCCAACUCCGACUUUGAGCUUGAACAGUACCAGUCCGUUCUCAACGUAUACUACAACAACGGCACACAGCUCAACAAUGCAACCGCCGACUUGUCAACCACGAAUGAGCAGGGUGUCUCUGUCGCUGUUGGUAUUGCUCGCCCGCAAUCCGAUCUUGUAAACUGGGCUGUGGUGGUGGAAAAGGCGAGAUCAGAAGCUUACCAGCCAAUCUCCAAACUCCGCACAAUUCUUCUCGCCUGCGCCUUUGGCACUGCAGCUCUUAUCCUCCUUCUUGUGAUUCCCUGCGCUCACUUCGGCGUCAGACCCAUUCGACGCCUAAAAGAGGCCACGGAAAAAUCUAUCCGGCCUCCAGGAUAUGAGGACGAGCUCGAGGAUCUCAGCGAUGGCGACGGGCCAAGCUCCGGUGCAACUCGCACCACUUCGUCUAGCAAAAGUCGCUUCUUUGCCCCACUACGGCGCAGAUUUAGGAAGAAUAGGAAGCCAUUGACGGCGGCCGAGAUUGAUGCCCAUCGACGAGUUUUCAGGAUCCCUGGACGUGUUGUUCAAGGAAGGCACUUAAUAACCGACGAGCUCACAGAGCUCACGAAAACAUACAACAGUAUGUCGGACGAGCUGCUGAAGCAGUACACAUUGCUCGACGAGAAGGUGGCUGAGCGCACACGGCAGCUGGAAAUCAGUAAGAAAGCUGCCGAGGCUGCCAACGAAAGUAAGACGCUCUUCAUCGCCAAUAUCUCUCAUGAGCUCAAAACACCACUAAACGGUAUCAUGGGUAUAUGUGCCGUCUGCAUGGAAGACGACGAUCUCAACAGAAUAAGGUCGUCUCUAAGAACCGUGUACAAGUCGGGUGACCUGUUACUACAUCUUCUCGAAGAUUUGCUGAGCUUCUCCAAGAAUCAAAUCAGCCACCAAGUUAGCCUGGAGCGACGAGAAUUUCGCCUCGGAGAUAUAAAGGCGCAGAUUGAGUCCAUCUUUGACAAGCAAGUGAGAGAAAACAAUAUCCGGCUCUCCGUUGAAUACUUGUCAUUUGAUAGUCUGCAUGGGACACCAGAAGCGCAGCAGCCCCGCCUAGAUGAGCGGUUACCAGCGUUGGGGCCACCUGGCAUGGGACGGCUUAAGGAUGCCUACCUCAUGGGUGACCACCAUCGCAUACUGCAAGUCAUCAUCAACUUGGUGGGCAACAGUGUCAAGUUUACUCCUGUGGGUGGCAAAGUGACAUUGCGGAUACGCUGCUUGGGUGAGGUCGAGCAGACGAGCGGUGACGAAUUGAGCAGGAACUCAUCCCUGUCCCGGCCUCCGUCUGUCGCGCAGGGCUGGCGCACUCGCACGCGUGGUAACUCGAGCUCAAUUCACUCGAGCCACUCGGUGGCAGCGACGGCCGUCAAAGACGGCACUGCUCUUGAGAUCAACCCGAUGGAUCCCAAGUUGACGCCCCGUGUUUCUUUGCGUGAGCGGUCUGCGUCUCCACCGCCCAUCAAGUACAAGUCAUUUGUGUUUGAAUUCGAGGUGGAGGACUCUGGGCACGGCGUUCCCGAGCACAUGCAGACCAAGAUCUUUGAGCCGUUUGUACAAGGUGAUUCCGGCCUGAACAAGAAAUUCGGCGGUACAGGCUUGGGUCUCAGCAUCUGCGCGCAGCUCGUGAAGCUCAUGGGCGGUUCCAUUGGUGUCAAGAGCGCACCCAAGCAAGGAUCCGUCUUCACGAUGCGGAUCCCGCUCGAGUACGUCAAGGACCGCACGCCGAGCACGGCUUCUUCCAGUAUUCGAUCGCGCGCCAACAGCGUGGGCUCCGCCAUGGACGAGACGCAGUGCACAUCCCUCACGAGCACGGCGGUCAGUAACGGAACCGCGGGCAUUGCGGGCGUCCAUGACCAGAAGCACAGCAACAGCAGCGGCGGCAGCAACACCGCCGGUACCAAUGCCAACCACCGCCUCCUCGAGAACAAGCCGCGCCUCGUCGGCCUCAGUCUCCCAUUUUUCACCACCAACGAGUCGCCGCAUGCCGCCGACGUGGAAAAGGGCUAUAAUGGGCGCCGCGCGCCGCUCGGUACCAGCGGCAGCAGGCUCAAGGUGCUGGUCGCCGACGACAAUGCCACCAAUAUCGAGGUCGUCAGCCGUAUGCUCAAGCUCGAGGACGUGUACGACGUGACGGUGGCCAAGGACGGACAGGAGGCGUACGAGCUGGUCAAGGAGAGCAUGAUGGCGGCGGCAGCGGGGUCGGGAUCGUCGCCCACGCCGCCCCAGCGUCAGUUUGACGUCAUCUUUAUGGACGUCCAGAUGCCCAACGUUAACGGCCUAGAGUCGACGCGACUGAUUCGGAAAAUGGGCUACGUCGCCCCCAUUGUCGCCCUCACGGCCUUUUCCGAGGAGAGCAACGUCCAAGAGUGCAUGGCCUCGGGCAUGAAUGAGUUUCUCAGCAAGCCCAUCCGCCGACCCGCCCUCAAAAAGGUGCUCACCAAGAUUUCGACGAUUGAAGAGGAGGACAUCACCCCGCCGCCGUCGCAGACACUGCAGGUCUCGCCGCCCCCAACACCCCCGACCACGGGCGGCGACGAGCUCGAAGCCCCGCGAGAGGAGAAGACGACGACGAAUGGCGCGGUGUAA